AUGCUUUCCAUGCACGAUGACCAGGGAAUGGCACAGGGAGGCUAUGCGCGUUGGCAGCCGAAGAACCGCUCGUUCGCUACACAAAUGAGCGAACAGGAGCGCAGGGAGCUUGAGGAGGUCAUGCAGGCCGAUCGUCGUUGGCAUCAGCAGAAAGAGGAACACCUAAAGAAUACGAGGGACACCGGCGACUUUGCCUGGCAAGCCACGAUUGCGACUGGUGGAAUGAAACAGGACAAAUAC